AUGGUUUUUACCGAUGAAGUUACUGUCUAUCGUAUGGACAACGGGUUGCCAUACGAUGACAAUCCGGUUGGUGGGCCUCCUCCAGGAAUACUUGGUGAUGUUGUCAGUCAAGCCAAAUAUUUCAUUCAAUUUAGAAUAUUUAUGAAAAGACUAAUUGUCGAAUGUGGUAUAACACCAACUGAGCGUUUGGUUGUUGGUCAGCCAGAGUUUCUUAAAAAAUAUUCUAUCUUGAGCGACAGUGACAACGGAAAUGAAAGUGAUGUUGACACGGACACCGACACUGAUGAGAUUCCUUCAAAUUUUCUAGACCCUGACGUUUGGGAAAAACUUGGGAAGAAGCUAGAAGACUUUACUUUAUCAGAAAUGAAACAACUGUCCUUUAGAAGCCACCGCACGUGUAUUCAAUUCUAUAGGAUGUACGCUAAGGUGAAAGGGUUUGGAAUCCGUCGCAAGCAUACAACAAGAAGCAAAAUUGACGGUCAUCCAACUUCCCAAAAGCUUUGGUGUAAUAGGGAAGGGUUUCGAGAAGACAGACAUUUGAAUAGACCAGAUAGGAAGCGUAGGGAAAAGGCUGUAACACGGUGUGGUUGCAACGCAUCAAUCAGUUUCAAAUGGGAUCACAGAUCUGAUUCAUGGUACGUGAAGGAUUUUGUACCUGAGCACAAUGGCCAUGACCUGAUUCCUAUGAAUCAGAUGUAUUUCGAAAGGAGCCAUAGAGAAGUCACCGAUGGUGAUAAGAUUCGUAUUAAAGCCUUAAUGAACUCUGGAGUGAAACUUUCCAUCACAAUGAGGAAUUUGGCACAAAGUGCUGGGGGAAUACGGAAAGUAGGAUUCCUAAAGAAAGACUUGUACAACACCUGUGAGAAGUUUAAAAGAGAAGAAAUAAAGGACGGAGAUACAGAAACUGUGUUGGCUUAUUUACUUGGAAAAACAGCCUCGGACCCAUCUUUUUUUCUUAAAUACACACGAGAUGACCACGAUGGGAUUGACAAAAUGUUUUGGUGUGAUGGAAUAUGCCAAGCAGAUUACAAGGCUUUCGGGAAGGUAAUAGCGUUUGACACAACUUACAAAGUCAACGCAUACCAGAAACCAUUCGUUGUUGUCGUUGGAGUAAAUCAUCAUAGGAAGACUGUACCCUUAGGUGUUGCGUUGAUUGCAAACGAAACAACUGACACAAACAUAUGGGUUUUAGAACAAUUAAAAGAGGCAGGUGGCAAUGUUGCUCCAUAUACCAUUGUCACAGAUGGGGAUAAGGCUAUGUCUUUAGCUAUUAAAACGGUUUUCCCACAUGCGCAUCAUAGGUUAUGUCUGUGGCAUCUUAUGCGCAACAUCAAGGGCCACACAAACAAACGGUUUUGCAGUGGUUUUAUGAAAUGUGUAGACGGUGCUCGUACACCAGCUGAGUUUGAAGAGGCUUGGGAAGACUUAAUGAAAGCAUACGAUGCAGUGAGAGAUAAAAAGUGGGCACAAGAGCUGUAG